UGUUUGCUGUGAAUUCUAGAGAGAGUUUUAUGAAGCAGUUUAUUGAUCGUCAGCAGCAGGAUACCAGCUGUUUGUUCCGCCGUCUCCCCUCAGCUUCGUCCUCCUCCUGUGACCACUCCAAACGAUCAGCCAUUGAGGACAACAAGUAUAUUGACCAAAAGCUUCGCAGAUCAAUUUUUAGCAUCCGUGCCCGCAACCUUUUGGAGAAAGAGACGACGAUCAAUAAAAUCCUACGGGCUUGCACCAGGCAGCGGAUGCUGAGUGGAUCUUUUGAAGGGCAGCCAGCCAAAGAGCGCUCCAUACUUAGUGUGCAGCACCACAUACGACAAGAGCGCAGGUCUCUGCGACAUGGAUCCACCAGUCAGAGGAUCAGCCGGGGGAAGUCGCUGGAAACGCUCACCCAGGACCAUUCCAGCACAGUGCGCUACCGCAAUGCUCAGAGGGAGGACAGUGAGAUCAAGAUGAUCCAAGAAAAGAAAGAACAGGCAGAAAUGAAGAGAAAGGUUCAGGAGGAGGAGCUGAGGGAAAACCAUCCUUACUUUGAUAAGCCUCUUUUCAUCGUGGGUCGAGAGCAUCGCUUCAGGAACUUCUGCAGGAUGAUCGUCCGGGCGCGCUUCAAUGCAUCAAAAACUGACCCGAUAACAGGAGCAGUGAAGAACACCAAAUACCAUCAGCUGUAUGAUCUUCUGGGCUUAGUCACUUAUCUGGACUGGGUGAUGAUCGUGGUGACCAUCUGCUCCUGCAUCUCCAUGAUGUUUGAAUCACCCUUCACCAGGGUCAUGCACGUCCCCACUCUGCAGAUCGGGGAGUAUGUGUUUGUGAUAUUCAUGAGCAUCGAACUCAACCUAAAGAUCAUGGCCGACGGUCUGUUCUUCACUCCGACGGCCAUUAUCCGGGACUUUGGAGGAGUGAUGGACAUCUUCAUCUAUCUUGUGAGUCUGAUCUUCCUCUGCUGGCUUCCUACUGACAUCCCUCCAGAGUCUGGAGCUCAGCUGCUGAUGAUGCUGCGCUGCCUCCGCCCGCUCAGGAUCUUCAAGCUGGUUCCUCAGAUGAGGAAGGUUGUGCGGGAGGUUCUUAAAGGAUUCAAGGAGAUUUUCCUGGUUUCCAUUCUGCUUCUCACGCUGAUGCUGGUGUUCGCAAGCUUUGGAGUUCAACUGUUCGCCGGAAAGCUGGCCAAAUGCAACGACCCGCGAAUCCUUAAACGGGAGGAUUGCUAUGGCAUCUUCCGGAUUAAUGUGAGUGUUUCCAGAAAUCUCAACCUGAGGCUGAAGGCUGAGGAGAAGAAACCCGGUUUCUGGGUACCAAGAGUCUGGGCAAAUCCUCGAAACUUCAACUUUGACAAUGUCGGCAAUGCCAUGUUGGCUCUCUUUGAAGUUCUGUCCCUCAAAGGCUGGGUGGAGGUCCGAGACGUCAUCAUUCACCGAGUUGGGCCGAUCCAUGGCAUCUACAUCCACGUCUUUGUGUUUCUGGGAUGCAUGAUCGGCCUCACGCUGUUCGUCGGAGUCGUCAUAGCGAACUUCAAUGAGAACAAAGGCACUGCCCUGCUAACAGUGGACCAGAGGAGAUGGGAGGAUCUGAAGAGCCGACUGAAAAUAGCCCAACCGCUCCACCUGCCCCCCCGCCCAGAGAAUGGAGGUUUUCGGGCUAAGAUGUAUGACAUUACUCAACAUCCCUUUUUCAAACGCGGCAUUGCUGUGUUGGUUUUGGCACAGUCUGUCCUGCUGUCAGUUAAGUGGGAUGUAGGUGAUGAUAAAGUUACCUUUCCUCUUGCCACCAUGUCUGUAGUCUUCACCUUUAUAUUUGUAUUGGAAGUGACAAUGAAGCUGAUAGCCAUGUCUCCAGCUGGGUACUGGCAGAGCCGACGAAAUCGUUACGAUCUGCUGGUCACUUCACUGGGUGUCAUUUGGAUAGUCCUGCACUUUUCCUUAUUGAACGCAUAUACGUACAUGAUGGGAACUUGUGUGAUUGUCUUCAGGUUCUUCACCAUAUGUGGGAAACAUGUGACACUGAAGAUGCUGCUGCUGACCGUGGUGGUGAGCAUGUACAAGAGCUUCUUUAUCAUCGUGGGCAUGUUCCUCCUGCUGCUCUGCUACGCUUUCGCUGGAGUCGUUCUCUUCGGAACGGUCAAAUACGGCGAGAACAUAAACCGGCACGCCAACUUCUCCACAGCAGGCAAAGCCAUCACUGUUCUUUUCCGCAUUGUCACAGGAGAAGAUUGGAAUAAGAUCAUGCAUGACUGCAUGGUUCAGCCUCCAUUCUGCACCCCUGACAAACAUCGCUACUGGGAGACUGAUUGUGGCAACUAUGCAGGAGCGUUGAUUUAUUUUUGUUCGUUCUAUGUCAUCAUAGCAUAUAUUAUGCUCAACCUUCUCGUAGCCAUCAUUGUGGAGAACUUCUCUCUCUUCUACUCCACUGAAGAAGACCAGCUGCUGAGUUAUAACGACCUGAGGCACUUCCAAAUCAUCUGGAACAUGGUGGAUGACAAACGGGAGGGAGUGAUCCCAACGUCCAGGGUGAAGUUUCUGCUUCGUUUGCUCAGAGGAAGGCUGGAAGUGGACCUGGACAAGGACAAACUCCUGUUUAAACACAUGUGCUAUGAAAUGGAGCGACUUCACAGUGGAGGAGAUGUGACAUUUCAUGAUGUGCUGAGCAUGCUGUCUUAUCGCUCGGUGGACAUUAGGAAGUCUCUCCAGCUGGAGGAGCUGUUGGCCAGGGAACAGCUGGAGUACACCAUUGAAGAGGAGGUCGCCAAGCAGACCAUCCGCAUGUGGCUCAAGAAAUGCCUCAAACGCAUCCGGGCGAAGCAGCAUCAGUCGUGCAGCAUCAUCCACAGCCUGAGAGAGAGCCAGCAGCAGGAGCUGAGCUCCUUCCUCAACCCUCCCAGCAUAGAAACCACGGUGCCGAGCGAAGACCACAACGCUAACAACCCAGACAACCCCUCGCAGCCUGAGAUGAGUGGCCUCCAGCAGCUUCUGAGCCCCACGUUGUCAGACAGAGGAGGGUACAGACAGGACUCCACAGACCUGGGGAGACCACAGAGAAAGUUGGGACAGUGGCGGCUGCCUGCAGGUCGUACGAGCGUCAAGUCCAUCGUUUGCAAGAUGAACCCCGUCAAUGACGAGGCCUCUUCGGGGUCAGAGGUGAAGAAGUGGUGGACCCGUCAGCUGACCGUGGAGAGCGACGAGAGCGGAGACGACCUCAUCGACAUUUAGAGACGAUGUCCGACGGAUGUGUCUUCUUUCUCCUUUACAGAUCGGAUGCGAGGCUUGCCGGUGGAUUCGGACCUUUUCACGUCUUGUCUCUGUAGGCUGAUGAAUGAAAACGGUGUCGCCGCUUCGUUUUACCCGCUACCUUUAUCUCGACGGGUUUGAUCAGCUGUGUGUGAAGCUUUACCUGGAGUGGCUCAUUCACGGAGGCAGCCGUUUAGGCAUGGAUUGGUGUUAUGUGUCCCAUGUUCUGUCCACUGCUGAGUUUUUCCUAUGCAGGCGCAUCUGGUGUCAAAGCAGACUGUUGACUGUAGGCCAUACAUUUGGUGUGUUCAUGAACCCAACCGAGAAGCUGCUGUGGUGUGCGUUUCCUACUGUUUCAUGUCAAUAUCUUAAUCAACUUCUGUCCUUCGAUAUCUUUGAUUUGCCUCCGUUUCUCAUCUCUUGUAUCUCUGAUAAUGUCUCUUGAGUUUUUCAGUGGUGAUUGUUAACUGUUGUUUGUCUCAUUGUCACUUUAUACAAAAACAAGUCGUCUUGUUUUUUUGGGGUUUUUUUUUUAUCUGGACAAGAACAUGGAAAAACUAAAAUCUACAGUUUUGACUGUGAAUGUAUUUAAAGUUACAUCAGUGUGUAUUUGUGCAGCUUUAAAACAACUCUUUUGUAAGUUAUUAGAAACACUUAUAUUUAUCAAGUAUUUAAUUAUUCUAUUAAAAGCCUGUUGGGCAUUUAUGAGAAAAACA